AUGACGAAGGGCACAUACGACACCGACGUGGUCAUGGACGACGGCACUGUGAUCCGGACAACCAUCACGUCCUCCGGCGACGCCGUCAACCUUUUCCUCCGAGAGGUCCGCAAGCAAGGCCAUGGCCAUCCCCUCAUCGUCGGCCUCGACACCGAGUGGCGCGUCGUCCACGACGAGGACGGGCACCGCAGGAACCGAAUGGCCGUCCUGCAGCUCUGCGUGGGCCACCGCUGCCUCGUCUACCAGAUCUUCCACGCCGGCUACGUCCCGGACGCCCUGAAAGACUUCCUCGCGUGUCCGGACCACCGCUUCCUCGGCGUGGCGGUCGACGGCGACGUCAAGCGGCUGUCCGAGGACUGCGGCCUUGUGGUCGCCAACGCGGUGGACCUGAGGCGCGUCGCGGCGGAGGCGGUCGCCCGGCCCGAGCUCCGGACUGCGUCACUGAAGACACUCACCCGCGAGGUCAUGGGCGUGCUCAUCGACAAGCCCAAGUCAGUGACCAUGAGCAAGUGGGACGCGCGGCGCCUGUCCGUGGAGCAGGUCCAGUACGCCUGCAUCGACGCAUUCGUAUCCUACGAGAUUGGCCGGCUGCUGCUCACCGGUCAGUGCGCGGAACGUGCGGCGACCGGUGCAAUGAUCUCACCGUUCGUUGCCUCCGUGGUUGUUCCGGUGGCUUAA